ACUUUCCAAAGGAUACACAGCCUGGAUUCCAACACAGGUCUGUCUGACCUUGAUGCCUACAUCUUUCCUACUCAGGACACUGCCUGUUGGGGACCCUCUAUGAUUCUAUUUUUUGUGGUUCCCAUAUCAAUUUUAGAUGGGGUAAUAUGGUACAAAUCUGUGUUAUCUAAAAAAUUCCUCGCAUCACAAUUGUGAGUGAGAAGAGGAGUGGGAGUGGGAGUCAGCCUCACGGCUGGGUAGGAUCCUAGCUCUUUUUAGACACUUGAGUAAUUUAACCAUAAAUAACUGGGCACUGGGAACAAGACACUUAUUAAUAAAAGCAUAGCCUAGAGGCACAUUUGAAGAAAAAAAUUCAAGUCACUUGGUGGGUGGACAUAUCUGCAAAACAAAAGAAAAACCCCUUUCCCAGCCCAGGCAGAGAAGUCUCCUGUACAGUUAGAGACAACAGGCUUCUGGGCACGUAGCCAAGGUUCUGGGGAUAUUUAUAACUUGAAGAGGGUGGGAGUCCCUAAUAAGCUGUUAUAUUCUUUUUCCAUCACUUCCCUCUCCAAGGCUACAGCAAGCUCAGAGCUCUUCCCCACGCAGAAUGCCUGCCUUCCCUAGUUCUUGGCUUCCAUUGUCUAAUUUUCUCAUCCUGGCUGGGGAAAGGGAAGGCUGCAAGUCCUUCCGUUCGGAAGAAGUCCAGUUGAAUGCAGCUUAGCUGCUGGUGGUAUUUCUUGGCUAGCUGCUGUGGUCUCAGGGAUCUGCCUAGCCUGUGGUUUCUCUGAGCUGCCUGAAAGUCUGAGGUCUCGGGAAUCUGUGAGUCUUUGGGAUCCGCCUACGAUCUCUGGGCUGUGCCUGCACGGCUACGAAUUCGAGAUCUACCCGCGGGUCUGAGAUAUCCAGGAUCUGCCAGUGAUCCCUAGAAUCUUUCCGAACGUCUUAAGUCUCAGAAAACUGUCUGCGGAUUUGGAAUCUAUUUGAGGACUCUGAUCCUGGAGCCGGUGAGCUAACGGAUCUUUUGAGGGCCAAGCGAGAGAGUUUUGGCUUCCCCUUCGCUAGGCGCAACUCAGCCCGCCCCUCACCGGGGGCCCUUUUAGAGGGACGCGAUCCGACGCCCCUACAGGGUUAACAGCGAUGGAUCCGGGACACAGCUUGGCCCAGCCGCGGACUACACUCGCUCGGCGCUGUCUGCUAGCUGCUUUUCCUGCUCUCUCUCUUCUGGGAGGCGAAUCCUUGAGCCCGAGAUGGCAGCCACCCUGCUCAUGGCUGGGUCCCAGGCACCUGUAACAUUUGAAGAUAUGGCCAUGUACCUCACCCGGGAAGAAUGGAGACCUCUGGACCCUACACAAAGGGACCUUUACAGGGAUGUUAUGCAGGAGAAUUAUGGAAAUGUUGUCUCAUUAGAUUUUGAAAUCAGGAGUGAUAACGAGGUGAAUCCAAAACAAGAGAUUAGUGAAGAUGUAGAAUUUGGGACUGCAUCUGAAAGACCUGUUGGUAAUACUGCGGAAAAUCCUGAAAGUGAAGAGGCUUUUGAAGACAGGGAUAGAUCAGAAGGACAAUGGGGAGAUUUAACAGCAGAUGACUGGGUAAGCUAUCCUCUCCAACAAGUCACCGAUCUGCUUGUCCACAAAGAAGUCCACACAAGCAUCCGAUAUCAUAUAUGUUCUCAUUGUGGAAAGGCCUUUAGUCAGAUCUCAGACCUUAAUCGACAUCAGAAAACCCACACUGGUGACAGACCCUAUAAGUGUUAUGAAUGUGGAAAGGGCUUCAGUCGGAGUUCCCACCUUAUUCAGCAUCAAAGGACGCACACUGGGGAGAGGCCCUAUGACUGUAAUGAGUGUGGGAAAAGUUUUGGAAGAAGCUCUCACCUCAUUCAGCAUCAGACAAUCCACACUGGAGAAAAGCCCCACAAAUGUAAUGAGUGUGGGAAAAGUUUCUGCCGGCUGUCUCACCUAAUCCAGCACCAGAGGACCCACAGUGGGGAAAAGCCCUAUGAGUGUGAGGAGUGUGGGAAAAGCUUCAGCCGGAGCUCUCACCUAGCACAGCACCAGAGGACCCACACAGGUGAGAAGCCGUACGAAUGUAAUGAAUGUGGACGAGGCUUCAGUGAGAGAUCUGACCUCAUCAAACACUAUCGCGUCCACACCGGGGAGAGGCCCUACAAAUGUGAUGAGUGUGGGAAGAAUUUCAGUCAGAACUCGGACCUUGUGCGCCAUCGUAGAGCCCACACGGGGGAAAAACCGUACCACUGCAAUGAAUGUGGGGAGAACUUCAGCCGCAUCUCACACUUGGUUCAGCAUCAGAGAACACAUACCGGGGAAAAGCCAUAUGAAUGUAAUGCUUGUGGGAAAAGCUUCAGCCGGAGCUCUCAUCUCAUCACACAUCAGAAAAUUCAUACUGGAGAGAAGCCCUAUGAGUGCAACGAGUGUUGGAGAAGCUUUGGUGAAAGGUCAGAUCUAAUUAAACACCAGAGAACCCACACCGGAGAGAAACCCUAUGAGUGUGUGCAGUGUGGAAAAGGUUUCACCCAGAGCUCCAACCUCAUCACACAUCAAAGAGUUCAUACAGGAGAGAAACCGUAUGAAUGUACCGAAUGUGAGAAGAGUUUCAGCCGGAGCUCAGCUCUUAUUAAACAUAAGAGAGUUCACACUGACUAAGUCCUGUGAUUAUGACUGAGAAGUGAUUCAUUUGAAGGUACAAUUUUAUUUGAUAUCAAAGAGCUCUCUCAAGACUGAGCUGCUUUUAUCAUACGGAAUUUCCUCGUUGCGGGCCACAGUUUACGACAUCAAAGAAGACAAGCCACUUGAAAUCCUGACCCAUGGCUUUAAGAACGUUAUUCCCCCCUCCAGAAUAGUGAUUUUUAAAAAUCACUCAAUAUUAAUUAAUUACGUCAUCAAAAUCAGUCCCACAAGUAACUGAAAAUCUAAAGACCAGGUGAUAAAUCCUGGUAAAUGCUCAGGCCUGGAAAUGGAGUAAAUCUUUAAAAGUAAUUUCUCCCAUCCUUGGCCCAAAGAACUAUGCUAGGGGAAAUGUUGGACUGUGAUAGGGUGCUCACAGCUGUUUUGGAAAAAGACAGCCAGAGACUGCCUGAAUUGCCACACCUAUUGACUCACUGUAGUAACUGGGCACAUGCAUCUUCCCUUCAAAGGGCUUUCUCCUUGAGUUGCUCAUGCAUUUGUAUCUUUCUGUCUUCCUGAGAGCAGGAUUCUGCAUAAUGAAGGCAGUAAUCUAACUUUUCUCCUCAUUGUUUCUAAAGCUUUCAUCUUUGUGAAAGCUAACUGAAGAUACAGAUUGAAAGGAAAAAUGAGACACAGGUUUGGGGACCCAAGGACUCAUCAACAGUGGUGACUUUAGCAAGAGAUGCCCACUGUUGUUAUGGCCAAUAAUCAGAAUUUAUUAAUUUUCUUUGGGGAUCAUCAUAGGGAACAUUGUAGGGAAAAUAUCUUCAAGGAAAGAUAGGACCAUAAGUGAUGGAGUGUAAGGAGCAAGUGGAAUUGACCACUUCAGGGAAGGAAGUACAGAGUCCCUUCCCAAGGAACACAGGUCAUUGCUGUGUUCUUUCCCUUCUACCCUUUAAGAUCAAUUCUCCCUGUACCACUAACUAUAGGAUUUGAUAAGGGCCACAUCCCAGUGUUUAUCUUAGCUUGCAUAAGGGCAUGUGUAUGUACAGUAAAAUGUGUAUUCCUGUUGUUCUCCAAUAGCAGAAACUGAACUCACACUGAAUUAGCAUGUUCUUGGGUGACUUUGAUCAUGUGACGGAACUACAGACAUAACUCCAAUGUGAGAAAUGUUCUUUUUUUUUCAUUCUUUAUGAAAAAAACUUAAACACUAGUGCUCCAGUGCACACUCUCUUGUAAGAUCUGUCUUUGUACAGAACCAAGCACUUGUUUGUAUGUAUCAGUCAGUUGUGGGAGAUUAUGACCGGACAAAUAGGUUGAUUGUCCUGUUCUCAGACUGAAUUGUCUUCUCUUUGUCCUAGUCACAAGGAAUUAAUAAACCUAGUUGGGAAUGUAUUUCCAUCCUCCCAGCCUACAGAUAUAAGCGAUUAAUGUAAGAGUUGACCCAAUUUAAGCCCAGUAGUAUCUGUUCUCCUUAUCUCAGCCGAAAUAGGAAUUAAGAAAUAUCCCAAAUGUUGUUGCUUAUCCAUGGAUUUGGGGGUGGGAGUGGGAAGAAACUGAUGCCAAGGAGAUGGGACUGGAGUAAGGAAUAUAUAUUUUUUGAGCCUACCGCAAGUUAUUUCUACCGUGCUAUUGUGAGUGUUGUAACAUUUGAAAAACUUUUGCCAUAGCUCUUUGGGACUGGUUAAAGGCGCCAGUGGUCUCUCUUGAGUAGUGUACUGUAGUGAGUUACUAUGACCCACGUGGGUCUGCAUCCCUUGCAAAAGACACAACCUCCAAAGUAACUGAAAAAACACUCCACCAAGUAGGUGUCUUUAUGUUGCCACUCCUAUUUAAAUACAGACUCCGGCAGGGAGCAUGUUUUUCUACACAAAAUCUAGCCAACUGUGGGUAUUCAUAUUUUAGUUGUUGAAUGACUUCAUGUUCUUGAUGACUAAAAUAUGUCUUUUCCUGUAUCAGUGUUGCUGAUGGUUUUAAUGAAUAUUGAAGUUCUCCUGUUGUUUCUUUGAGCCGCUAUGCGCAGCAACUUAAGAGUGGCUGCAGAAGACAGCGUCUCCAUGACCUAAGUGUUUUUCACCCCCUUUUCCUUUCCUACUCUCCUGCCCCACCCCCCCCAACCUGUUCCUGUUCCUGCUUUUGGCUUCUCAGUGCCCCGGCCAUCUCUCCAGACGUGUACACUCCAGCUGGGAAGUUAAAAGGGCAAGGGCCAGACCAGCUCUUGUCUCCUCUCUUCCUGCCAAUUGCUGCCCAUUUGCUGUUUUGAACUUUGUGUAGUUAUGCAUCAGACUCUCUUUGCUAAAGCUUUUUGCAUGCCUUCUGCUCCCAAGUCUCUGGCUGCUUCUGCACACAACCUGAACACAUUGUGCCUGUUUUCUAUGGUUGUGGAGAGUGAGUGAACAAGUAUGUAGAGCAGUUUUCCUUAUGGUAUUGGUCACAGUUAUUCUUGUGUCUAUCUACAUCUGUGUUAUUCUAACAAUAUUCUAUAAUUAAAAGUGUAAUUUUUAAAAUCAAAAA